UCUUGGACACAAACUUCGACAUUAUAUUGGGGAUGCCUUGGCUUGCAAGUGUGGAUCACACGGGUAACUUCCAUCAGCGGACACUUACCGUUCGCGACGCCUUCGGCAUCGAGGUGUUGUGUGCCCUUCCUCUUCCGCACUCCUCGAUCCGGUGCCAAGUUGUAACGGCCAAGUCUUUUCGGGCCACUUGCGCUUAUGAGCGGACCGACGAGAUAGGGCUAUGUUUUCUACGAGCCGUCGCGACGAUCGAAUCUUCACUUGCGGACUUGUCUUCAGACCCCCGAGUGGCGCGGCUGCUCGACGAGUUCACCGACAUCUUCGAGUCUCCUACCGAUGUAGUGUCGGAUCGGCCGAUCUCCCACGAGAUCAUUCUUGAGGCCGGUGUCGUGCCGCCGAAAGGAUGCAUCUAUCGCAUGAGCGAGGAAGAGCUUGAGGUUCUCCGCGCUCAACUCGACGAUCUUUUGGACAAGGGCUGGAUCCGCCGUAGCAGCUCACCAUACGGUGCGCCAGUUCUCUUCGUACGGAAGAAGAACAAGGAUCUUCGCUUGUGCAUCGACUACCGCAAGCUCAACUCACAAACCGUCAAGAAUGCGGGACCUCUUCCGCGGAUUGACGACCUUCUCGAGCGUUUGGGCGGCACAAAAUUCUUCUCAAAGUUGGACUUGAAGUCGGGCUACCAUCAAAUCUCGAUACACCCGCAAGAUUGCUACAAAUCCGCGUUCAAGACGUGGUACGGGCAUUUUGAGUGGAUCGUUAUGCCUUUUGGCCUCACCAAUGCCCCGACGACCUUUCAAGUGGCAAUGACCAACGAGUUCCGUGCGAUGCUGGACCGGUUCGUAUACGAUAUCCUCGUCUAUAGCCGGACAUUGGAGGAUUAUCUUGAGCACCUUCGACGAGUGUUGGAGACGCUCCGCCGCGCCAAGUACAAAGCCAACCGUGACAAGUGCGAAUUUGUCUGGCAAGAGCUGGAAUACUUGGGCCAUUUUGUCACACCAGAGGGCAUCAGUCCGUUGUCGGACAAGAUUCAAGCCAUCCAAGAGUGGCCGGAGCCGAAGACCGUCACAAAUGUCCAUUCCUUCCUUGGCUUAGUCGGCUACUAUCAACGCUUCAUCAAGGGAUACUCGAAGAUCGCGGCUCCUUCAUCCAAGCUUCAAUGCGAGGACCGGCCAUUCGACUUCGACGACCAUGCGCGGACUUCAUUUUUGGCUCUCAAAGCCACAUCCGCGGAGGUGUUGCACAUCUACGAUCCGCUUUUGCCGACACGUGUCACUACCGAUGCGUCCGGCUAUGGUAUUGGUGCCGUCCUCGAGCAACAUGACGGUGUGGACUGGCACCCGAUCGAGUACUUUAGCAAGAAAGUGCCCGCCAUACACUCGAUUAACGAUGCACGGAAGAAGGAAUUAUUGGCCUUCGUACAUGCGCUCAAACGCUGGCAGCAUUUUCUUCUCGGUCGACGGCAGUUCCGAUUGGUAACGGAUAACAAUCCAUUGAUCUUCUACAAAACCCAAGACACGGUCAAUAGCACCAUUGCCUGUUGGAUGACCUUCAUCGACCAGUUUGACUUUUUCCCCGACCACAUUCCGGGAAAGUCAAACCGUUUUGCGGACAUUCUUUCACGACGCCCGGAUCAUUGUACCGUAGUCUACUCAACUUUUGAGAUUAACGACGACUUGCGGGACAGCUUCAUCCGCGGCUACCAAGUCGACCCUGAGUUUUGCGACAAGUACGCAAAUUGCUCCUCUCCUAAUCCGGCGCCUUCUUACUACCGGAUCCAAGAGUGGCACUUGCUUGUCCACAUGCGGGGGAAGGACCUUCUUUGUGUACCGAUUGAUCCUCACUUGCGUACACGGCUUCUUGGCGAAUUCCACGAUGCUCCCGCCACCAGACACUUUGGAGUCAAUGACACGAUUGGCCGACUUCGCGAGCGACUUUGGUGGCCCGACCUUCUCGGCGACGUCACACGCUACUGCAAGUCAUGCGAGGUUUGCCGACGCUGCAAAUCCCCCUACCAUCGUCCGUACGAGUUACGACCAUUACCGGUCCCUUUGAGGCGAAGGGAAGCGAUUGCCAUGGACAUUACCGGCCCGCUCCCCAAGCACAAGACCAGCGUGGAUGGAAUUCUCAUGGUGGUCGACCGACUCACCAAGUUCGCCAUGUUUUUGCCUUGCCGCUAUCAUGCCAAACCGGAGUUGGUCGAGGUUCUCCUGACAGAUUACCUAAGGUGCCUACCUGCAGAGGUAAGGACCAAGCUGGUUGAUGAGUCCUAUGUCGAACAACACACCUUCGCUUCUUUUAGUAAGAAAGCUCUGGGCAUAGAGGCAAAGUUGGGAUCCGCUCAUCAGGUAUCUCAUGAUGGUAGGAAGAGACUCCCCCAGGACUGGAAGAAGAAGGGUCAGUUGAUGUUCAUUGACCAUGAUGGUCAAACGACGGAGAUUGACGAUUUCGUAGAUCUUGGGGAGGUGACAGAGCAGGAUGGGGCCAGUGAGACUUCGGAUGGGGGAGUCGUGGCACCUAUUCAAGAAAAGGCUAGGGGGACCGGGAAGAAGAAGGUAGUACGAGCCCGUGCUCUCGCAUCAUCGAGAGAGGCAGCAAACGUUGCAGCUAGGGAACAGGCUGCAGUAGUAGCCAGGGCAACAACCAUGUCUUCUGCAGCAGCAUCCUCCACUGCAUCUUCUGUUGUCUCCUCGUCUGGACCCCAGUUGGGAAUGCCAAUAGGGUCCACGGGCACUUCCAGUGCAGUAGGAUCACGUCAGUCUACAAGUCAAAUGGCGGGCUCGCAGUUCAGCCCGUUGACUCCUCGCGAAAGGGAACUCAGGGAGCUCCAACAGGUCGAAAGGAUCCGUGAAAGAUUAGAGAGGGAACUGAAACAAGCUACCGACAGAGAAAGGGAAAUCAAAAAUAGAACAGCCAGGCUUGAUACAUUAGAGGCUGACAAAGCUGAGUUAGAGGGCUUGGAUGACUCUGGAAUGAAUGAGCCCAUGAAAGUGUUGAGGAACAACAUGUUGUCGCUGCAUGCGCACGUGGACAGCAUGUUGGACUUCAUGCAGAACACUUUGGACCAGAUCCUGGAAGUUCUGACAAUGCCAGGAUUUAGGCCACCAGGACAAUCGCCGUUGCCGUUAUCGGCGAUGUCGGACCCCUUUCCAGUUCAAGCUGGUACACAACCAAGUGGUACGUCUGCUGCAGUCGCACAUAUUGCAUCUUCUUCUUCGGGUCCAGCGGUGGGAGCUACACCACCGCAACAACUUGUUCAACAAUCUGGACAGCCGCAGGGUCAAUGGUAUCCUAAGACCCCAAUGAAACCGCCUCUUGCCUUCUCAGGCGAGAGAAAGGACGAAGAGCUCAACACUUGGUUGAGGACAGUCCCGGUUUGGGUGAAGGCCAAGAGGACCUUGCUGGAGGACGAAGUGGUUACCGCUGCAUCUUACCUCGAGGGUAAGGCAACCAAAUGGCUAGAUGGUGUAGUUGUAAAGGCCGGGUACGGGCGACGCAUGGCGGACUGGGCGAAGUCUUUAACGUUAGACCAGUUCAUGGAGAUGGUAGAAGCUCGAUGGCAUAAUCCACAGGAGGCGCAAAGAGUCACUGAUGCGAUUAACAAGUUAGACCAACGAAAGUUCAAGUCGGUUAGAGAGCUUACGAAUACCGUUGAGAGCCCGAUCCUCGUUCCAGGCAUCAACUACAGUGACCAGUUCCUGUUAACUACGUUUGUUAGAUGUCUUCCAGAGAGCAUCAGGAACUUGGUGGCCAGUGAGGCACGCGUCGAGUACCAUUCGUUUGAGACAUUGUCUAGGAAAGCCUUAGAUUUGGAGGCCACUCUUGGCAAUGCUCAGCCCUCCCAUAAUGACACGAAGAAGAAGAAGAGUCCUCAAGAGUGGAAGAAGAAGGGGGCAAAAUUGAUGAUGGUUGAGUCAGAUGGGACUCAAAUGGAAAUCGAUGAGCUCACUGACCUGAUGGACUACUCAGAAGCAGACUACCUAGGUACGCUAGUUUCUGACUUUGGUGUAUCUGAAGAAGUAACUCAAUCAUUGGUGGGAGCCUAUCAGGAAGACCCUGUCACGAUGGACAUCAUGCGCAAACUUCAGGCAAAAGACAAGGCCACGGAAAGACAGAGUGUUUCCAUGGAUUUCAUGGACACCCUGGUGACUAGUAAGAGUGGCAAGAGGCACAUUUUCGUCAUCAUCGAUCGAUUCACCAAGUACGCUAGACUAGUGGCUAUGCCAGAGACCGCAAGAACUGACUAUGUCAUCAAGUUGUUCAAAGACAACUGGGUAGCUCAUCCUAAAGUUGAUGGUUUUGUAGGGGCGUUGCUUGGGGAGACGAUUCUCUGGCAUUGGUUUACGAGAGCUGGUGGAAACAACGCCGUAGCUGCACAUGGGUUAUCAGGCCUGGAGAUGAUGAUCCAUCUGCGCAGCCAAAGCUCUUGUUUGACAGGAGCUGGGUACGGAGACCACGUGUGUUGGGGAUGUGCGUCACCGGUGGAGGGGAGAUCGUCACCGAUGGGAGAGCCGGCAGACAAGUGGUCGAUGUCGGGGGAGGAUUGCAAGGGACAGGGGGACAGUGUUCAGGUGGAGGAGGGCCCGACUGUCGUGGUGGAGGAAGAAGUGGGAGUAGAAGGGUCGGGUCCUGCAGAGCGAGGAGCCUGCCGAGUAAAGCGCCUAGCAGCGGGGGCGGGAGGGAGUGGGCGCGGACUGGUGAUGGGGGUGGAGGAGUCGAUCAUGGUGAAGCAUGCGAGAGAGGAGGUCAGCAAGGGGCAUGUCGGGUUCGUGGGCGAGGGCGUUUGCAAGAUCUUUAUGGCAUACUCGCUUGAUGCGGGAGAUGAACGCAAAGUCGGGAAUGAUGGUGGUGGGGAGGUGAUGGCGGAGGGAGCGGAUGUAUUGGACGAAGCGGUCCUUGGGACCGGUCUAGCGGAGGUGACAGAAUUGUUUGAGGUAGUCAUCGAUGGUUUUCUGGGGGCAGAAGGUGACAGUGAGAAGGUUGGCCCAUUGGAGGAAGGAGUGGCACGGUCCUUCGGAGGCGCGGCGGAUGCUGACUUCGGCCAUCCACCAUUUGGCGACAUUGUCGAGAAGGCGGGAGGUGGCAAUGGGAAGUCAGUGGACAAGGGGCAUGUGGUGGAGCUUGAAAGAGUUCUGGAGCUGGGUAAGGAAGAGGAAAACGUCCUCGUGGGGAAGGCCGGAGAAGGCCAUGAUGUCAGUGGAUCGGAAGGAACGGGGGAUUUCCCCUUCCCGGGAAACGAUCCGGGCGAGGGUGUUGAAGUUGAGGUUAUCGGGGGUAGUGUCAUAGCAGGUGUAAUCGAAAUGGUUGUUGUCGUCAAGGAGGUAGUUGGGGGGAAGUUGUGGCAUUGCGGGUUAAACCCCGAAGGUGACUUGGGAAUAGGUGGGACGGGGGGUGGGGAUGGUGGAGGUCAUCAUGAUGUGUUUUCACGGGCAUUGCUGUUGACGGAGUCGAAACAAAGAUCAGACAUGUUGAUGGAAGAUUGGGCCAUGGUGGGGGAAGAGGGGAUGGAUGACGUGACUGGAGUGGAAGUGGAGGCGGUAGCAGCGAAUGUGAUAGCAGUGGCGGCGGCAGCGAGGCGGCGGCGACGGCGGCGCGUUGGGAGGUCGUGGUUUGGUGUGGUGGCAUGUGGAGAUGGGGGGGACAAUUCCUAUUUACAAGAAUAGAGCGUCAUCAAGUGAUUUAACAAUGAAGGUAGCAGAGAAUC